AUGGCUUUUAAUGUUAUUGGCCUCAUUUAUCGUAACUUUGCGAAAAUUGUUCUGCCGAUAACAUUAAUAGGUUUAGUGGGAUGUAUAAUAUAUAUCUCCACAAUCGAGCCAUUCCCGCAAAGUGCUAAGCAGAAUUUGUGUGAAUAUAUGAAGGAAUGGGAUGGCAGCAAAAACAUAUCCAGGCAGUGGUGGGAGUGGGCAUGUCUCAUAGAAGCAGAAUGGAAGAAAGGAGUGGAGGUCAGCUGUACAGAUUUGAGAAAAAAGGGAAACUACUACAUCUGUUUUGAUAAACCACUGGGACCAAAGCCUCCAUGCCUUGUAUAUUCUUUUGGGAUUGAUAAUGAUUUCAGUUUUGAUGAUGCAAUGGCUGAAGCUGGCUGUGAGGUGUUCUCCUUUGAUCCCAG